AUGUAUAAGAACAGCAGCACUAUCAUUGACGGCAAAAUCACGUAUCACAUGUUUAGCGAAACAAACAACACCGAACACGCCCGGCUGAAAAGACCUGUUGUGCGUCACUACUCAGUGCCUAGCGUCCUUGCAAUGGAACCGCACAUGGAUAAGACUAUUGUUGAGCUAUGCGACCAUCUCGAGCGUCGUUUUGUUGACAAUGGCAAGUCCUGCGAGUUUGGGGACUGGCUGGCUUACUUCGCAUGGGAUCUCCUUGGCUUUGUUACGUUCAGUAGGAAAUUCGGCUACAUGGACGAGGGCCGAGACUUUGACGGCACCCUGGCUAUUGGAGACCAGGCAAUCGACUACCUCGGCAUCUGUGGACAGAUGCCAUGGAUGGACUUCGUGUUGGAUAAGAACCCUAUCUACCCUCUCGGGCCUCCCAAUCUCUCCAACGUAACCCGCAUCGGAUUUGAAAAUCUCACUGCGCGGCUGAAGGGCGAAGACAGGAACUUCAACCCAGAGAAGCCAGAUUUCCUACAGUACUUUGUCAAUUCUAAGGGAACGCAUCCCGAUAUCGUGGAUGAGGGCACCAUAAUCGGAUAUCUACUUCUCAACUUGAUCGCUGGGGCAGACACGACUGCCAUUACCCUGCGCGCACUCUUCUACUACUGCCUUAAGAACCCUCGCAUCUGGAAACGAUUGGAAUCCGACAUCGUCACCAAUAUUCCCAGUGAUAAGCCUGCAUCGUACUCGGCUGCUCGUGCGCUGCCCUACCUUGAAGCCGUUUGCCGAGAGACCUUACGAUAUCACCCAUCCAUCGCCAUGACAAUGGAGCGCAUCGUCCCUGCUGGCGGUCUCGCCCUUCCUGACGGAUCCGUAGUUCCGGGCGGCUCCCUCGUCGGAAUGAACCCCUACAUAGUGGGACGCAACAAAAGCAUCUACGGGGCAGAUGCCGAUGAAUACCGCCCGGAGCGAUGGCUGCAGCAAGAGGAUGAAGAUGACGAGGCGUACAAACUUCGCAUGCGGCAGUGGAACGCGGCCGAUAUCGUCUUUGGUGGCGGCUCGCGCAUUUGUCUUGGCCGAAAUCUGAGUUUGAUAGAAAUCUACAAGGUCGUGCCGUCUCUCAUUUCCAAGUUCGAGAUCCAGUUGGUGGACCCCAACGAGGAGUGGUGGACGAGUUCGCGGUGGUUCCACCGGACGAAGGGUGUAAUCUGUCACUUGAGGCGAAGAACCCAAAAAGCAUGA